AUGACAGAUACUGUAUUUAAAUACAUGAAAGUACAAAACAGACCUUAUAGUGUCAAUGAUGUAGUAUCCAAUCUACACAAUGAAUAUGGUAAAACAUCUGUACAGAAAGCUAUAGAAAAGCUGGUAGCAGAAGGAAAGAUAUUUGAAAAAGUCUAUGGAAAACAAAAGGUUUAUUGUGUAGUUCAAGAUUCAAAUUUAGACGUUGAAGAAUUGAUGAGGAUAGAUAAAGAAUUACAGGCACAUGCCAAUGAAGUUGAGAGUAAAUAUCAGGAAUUGGACAAAGAGAUUAAACUUCAGGAAGCUUUAUUAAUAUCCAUAAAAUCUAGCAUCACAGUUGAAGAAGCACAAAAGAAAAAAGCUGAACUUGAAGAAAAUAUUAGGAUAUUGACAAACAAACUGGAUAAUUUGAUGGAAUCAAGUGGUAUUGAAGAUAUGAGUGAAUCUAAAAGGAAAGCAGAGAAAGCAAUAAAUGAGUAUUCACGGGAAUAUGUGAAACGAAAACGUUUGUGUACUGAAAUUAUAGAUUGUAUAUUGGAAAACUAUCCUGGUAGUAAGACUGAUUUAUAUAAAGAGAUAGGUAUAGAACCAAAAAUUGUUCAAUAA